AUGCUCGCUCGUGUCAACCAAGAGCGAGCGGCUCACGGAUUACCAGCGCUGUGCACCAAUAAGAAGCUUCAAGAUGCGGCUCAACGACACUCGAACGACCAGGCAGCUAGCAACUUCAUGGGCCACACGGGCACCGACGGAACGAGUGUUUCGGAGCGUAUCACACGAGCUAACUACGACUGGAGUGCGGUGGCCGAAAACGUUGCCGCCGGCCAAGCCGACGUCGAUUCCGUCAUGGAGAAUUGGAUGAACUCUCCCGGCCACCGCGAAAAUAUCCUCGGCGACUACACCAUGUUAGGCUGUGCCUACGCGCACCACGCCGACACGACGUACCAACACUACUGGACCCAAGACUUUGGAUCGGGUGAAGCUGAGGCGUGCGAUGGUGGAGUAGUUGUCACCGAGGCGAUUGAGGAGGCUCCGGUUGAGCAGGCCCCGGUUGAGACGGUCACCACUUCGGUGGAUGUACCUGUCACAACCAACAGGUAUAACACCUACUCUUACGUACACGCUGUCAAAGAUACUUACGCCCCUCACACUGAUCCCCCACUUCCGUACGAAUCACACAAGACCGAAGCUCCUGUGUACGUUGUCGAGACGACGGAAGCGCCUUGCACAACUGAACCUCCGAUCGUGGUGGACCCUCUUCCGUACCCCCCAAGUGGUGACGUCGAGGUGACGGUUGCUCCUUGCACUGCAUCACAAGAGCCCGAGACCCCUGUUGUGAUUGUGGACCCUCCUGAGGCUUUCGACGAUGCAACCGUGGUUGAACAGCCAGAAGAAACCCCUGUGGUCGUUGUAGACCCUCCUGAGGUUACUCCUACACCGGUGUACAAGAAGUACGGCACCCCAAGUGCGCACAUCCCAGCGACUGGCAAACGCCCCUACGACGAGGACUGUGACCAUGCUGGCUAA